AUUGUGUCUGACUGAAUGGUUUGGUGAGUGUGUGGUGAGCGUGUGUAUGUGUGUGUGUGUGUGUGUGAGUGUGUGUGUGUGGGAGAGAGAGAGGGGGGGGUGGUAGGGCAGUGUGCGUACGGCCGAGCCUCCGUCUGUUCUCCACACACACAGAUACAGAUACAGACACAGGCGCACACCGCGGAUUAACUAGCCAGCUCGCUCGCCGCGCACCACAACGAGUGCGCGAGCCAUGCCCGUCCUCGAGCCGCUCACGAGCGCGGAGCCGUUAGCCGAGCUGCUGGAGACGUACAAAGCGGCGUCCCUCCCACGCUGACUGGACCGGACCGGACCGGACUGGAGACUGAAGAGAGAUGCUCUAACGCGCUGCAGCGGCGGAGGAGACUCGGGAGACUCGACGACGACCCGACGCCGCGGAUUAAAGAUGUAGGCUCGCUCAUUGUGGCCGCGCUGGUUUUAUCUGUAAGGGCUCGAGCUCGUCAUAUCGUUCCCACCUCAUCCGCUCCCUCACAGAGAUACAUAUACAGACGAUAAAAGCGGCGAGCGAGACAGCAACAAAACAAGAAGCCAUGGGGAAUGCGGAGAGCAUGGAUGCCCAGCUCACGGACUUCAGGGCGAGGAGCAAACCCCCCAAGCUGCCCAUGCCGGACCCGGCCGAGCUGGAGGAGAGGUUCUCCAUCGCUCUGAACUCCAUGAACCUUCCGCCAGACAAGGUGAGGAUUCUGCGGCAGUACGACAACGAGAAGAAGUGGGAGCUGAUCUGUGACCAGGAGCGUUUCCAGGUGAAGAACCCUCCCCACACAUACAUCCAAAAGCUGAGAGGAUUUCUUGACCCCGCUGUCACAAGAAAGAAAUUCAGAAGGAGAGUUCAGGAAUCCACUCAAGUGCUCCGCGAGCUGGAAAUUUCACUCCGAACUAAUCAUAUUGGGUGGGUGAGAGAGUUUCUGAAUGAAGAGAACCAAGGGUUGGACGUGCUAGUGGAGUACCUGUCCUUCGCACAGUAUGCUGUUACCUUUGAUGGUGAUGUAGCAGAGGGUGCAAGUGGUGAGGCAUCUGUGGAGACUCCCUGGAGCAGAUCUAUAGAAGAUCUCCAUGGUGACAGCAAUCUGCCCUCACCGGUCAGCAGCAGCAGCAUUCCACGCUCCACACGCCACUCCUUACGGUCCAACACCCUCCCCAGCCGCAGGACCCUGAAAAACUCCCGUUUAGUGUGUAAGAAGGAUGAUGUGCAUGUCUGCAUCAUGUGUCUCAGAGCCAUCAUGAACUACCAGUACGGCUUCAACAUGGUAAUGUCACAUCCACAUGCUGUGAAUGAAAUUGCCCUGAGCCUCAACAACAAAAAUCCAAGGACCAAAGCUCUGGUGCUAGAGUUGCUGGCUGCUGUGUGUCUGGUGAGAGGAGGGCAUGAGAUCAUCCUAGCUGCCUUCGAUCAUUUCAAAGAGGUCUGCUCAGAGACCCAGAGGUUCGAGAAACUAAUGGAAUACUUUAAAAACGAGGACAACAAUAUUGAUUUCAUGGUUGCUUGCAUGCAGUUCAUCAACAUCGUGGUGCACUCAGUAGAAGACAUGAAUUUCAGAGUUCAUCUUCAGUACGACUUCACCAAACUUGCACUGGAUGAAUACCUGGAGAGACUGAAGCACACAGAGAGCGAUAAGCUACAGGUGCAGAUCCAGGCCUACUUGGAUAACCUUUUCGACGUUGGCACACUCCUGGAGGAUGCAGAGACCAAGAAUGCGGCGCUGGAACGCGUGGAGGAACUAGAGGAGAGCAUUUCGCAUCUGACAGAUAAGCUGCUAGACACAGAGAACGAGGCCAUGUCUAAGAUUGUGGAGCUGGAGAAGCAGCUCAUGCAGAAGAACAAGGAGCUGGACUCCGUUCGGGCCGUGUACCGGGACGCCAGCUCACAGGUGCACUCGCUGCGGAGAAUCGUGCGCGAGAAGGACGAGACCAUCCAGCGGCAGUCAAAGCUGGAAAAGAAGAUCCAUGAGCUGGAGCGGCGAGGCAGCCUGCAGAUCCAAGUGAGGGGAGAGGGCGACGGCGAGGGAGACGUUUCCCCUCUGCCUUCUCCUCCGCAGCCCAUGGCCCUCUCGCCCUGCCCCGACGCCAUGGCUCAGGCUGCAGCGUGCGCCAGCACCUCCUACGGCCCCAGCAGCAUCUCUCAGACAGGAACUCUGAGAAAGAUGGCCACGCCACCACCUCCUCCUCCACCACCACCUCCUCCACCUCCUCCACCACCUCCCAUGCUGGGUUCUUCUGUACCUAAUGGACCCUCAGCUGCCUCUGCACCUCCUCCUCCUCCUCCACCCCCUCCUCCACCCCCACCCCCUGGGCAUGCUGUGGAGUUGUCCACCCCACUGCCCCCUCCCCCUCCCCCUGUAGCUCCUCCCCUCCCAGGCUGUGGCACACCCACAGUCAUAUUCAACUCUGGCCUAACAGACGGACCAAUCAAGCUCUUCUCUGUAAAGAUUAAGAAGCCAAUCAAGACCAAGUUCCGAAUGCCAGUCUUUAACUGGGUGGCUCUGAAACCCAAUCAGAUCAAUGGCACUGUCUUCAAUGAGAUUGAUGAUGAAAGGAUCCUGGAGGACCUGAACGUGGAUGAGUUUGAGGAUAUGUUUAAGACCAAGGCCCAGGGUCCUUCAGUGGACAUGACCAUGAGCAAGCAGAAAGCGCCACAGAAAGGCCCUAAUAAAGUGUCACUACUGGAGGCCAACAGGGCCAAAAACCUGGCCAUCACCCUCCGCAAAGCAGGAAAGAGCCCAGAGGAGAUCUGCAAAGCAAUUCAAACAUUUGACCUGCGCACCAUGCCCUUGGACUUUGUGGAGUGUCUGAUGCGCUUCAUGCCCACGGAGAGCGAGGUGAAAGUAUUGAGGCAGUACGAGAGGGAGCGGCGGCCCCUGGCUGAGCUCACCGAUGAAGACCGCUUCAUGAUGCUUUUCAGCAAGAUUGAGCGGCUGCCUCAGAGAAUGACCAUCAUGGCCUUCAUGGGCAACUUCAGCGACAGUGUACAGAUGCUUACACCGCAACUGCAUGCGAUCAUUGCAGCCUCUGUGUCCAUAAAAUCAUCCCAGAAGUUAAAGAAGAUACUUGAAAUCAUUUUGGCCCUGGGGAACUACAUGAACAGCAGUAAGCGAGGAGCUGUGUACGGCUUUAAGCUUCAGAGUUUAGAUCUGCUACUGGAGACCAAGUCCACAGACAGAAAGCAAACACUGCUGCAUUACAUAGCUAAUGUGGUGAGGGAAAAAUACCCUGCUGUGAGCAUGUUCUACAAUGAACUCCAUUACGUGGAGAAGGCAGCUGCUGUCUCUCUGGAGAACGUUCUCCUGGAUGUGAGGGAGCUGCAGAGAGGUAUGGAUCUGACCCGCCGAGAGUACAGCAUGCACGGCCACAACUCGCUGCUCAAGGACUUCAUCCACCACAACGAGACGAGGCUGAAAAAACUGCAGGACGAUGCCAGGAUUGCACAGGAUGCUUUUGAUGAUGCUGUAAAGUACUUUGGGGAGAGCGCCAAAACCAUGCCCCCCUCCGUCUACUUUCCUGUGUUCGUGCGGUUUGUCAAAGCCUACAGGCAAGCAGACGAGGAGAACGAGCAGAGAAAGAGGCAGGAGCAGCUGAUGAUGGAGAAGCUUUUGGAACAAGAGGCCAUGAUGGAGGAGCAGGAGGAUCAGCAGUCACCAUCUCAUAAGGGCAAGAGGCAGCAGCAGGAGCUGAUAGCUGAGCUGAGGAAGAGGCAGGGGAAGGACAGUCGCCACGUCUAUGAGGGCAAAGAUGGCGCCAUCGAGGACAUAAUUACAGUGUUGAAGACCGUCCCCUUUACCGCACGCUCAGCCAAACGUGGCUCGCGGUUCUUCUGUGACCCCGCCCACUCCGAGGACUUCCAUUACUAAACAAAAUUCUCUCCCUCAGAAAGACCUGCGCAGUCAUCCCUUCCGCCGGGCCGACGCCUUCAGAAGGAGCGCGAGAAGGAAUUUUGACGGACAGCACCUUCAGCUGCUCAGCAUGGAGGUCACAACCUGCUAGCCCAGCUUACUGAGCCAGAAAAAGACAAGAGAGGGAAAAGCCCACUCCACUUCACCUCUCGCUACUUCCAGGAGGAGGCGAAUGAACGUUCAGGUUUGAGACACAUUGCACUUGCAGCUGGUUCAGCUUUAACUGUACACUGGACACUGUUGAGAGAAGUGGACAGUUGGCAAGUAUAGAAGCUGCAGAUGUGAAACACUGGAACUGAGCAGCCAAGCCUGGCAGACUCGAGCUGGAUGGUGAGAGGAGACAUGGUUGUGUGUUUUUUUAACCAGCUCUCGUGUUUUUCAAACAAAAGUGACCAUGUAACCCACUGAAAAGCUCAGUGGCAUCAUUCUACUGGUCCUCAAACUCGUGGCUACAUACGUGGUUCAAACUCCCAGUUGAGCAGCUGUUACUGUCAGACUUGGGACGAUGCCCGUGAUGCACUUUGCUUUUUGCUUAACGUUCAGUUAAUCGUCCUAAUGAACUUUCAUGCAAAAAGAACUGGAUGGAGAGAGAGAGGAGAUGGAGGACUAUUCUUCACUGGUGCUAUGGAGGACAAGCUCCCUCUGUUUAUGGAACACACACGAACGGUACAGUCUGAAGCAUUCACAAAUCUCGGUGUAAAAUUUUCUGUACGUCUCAUUCUGAACACAGGUUUCCUCUCCCGCUCGGCUUCUCUCGUGAUCGUUUGUGAACAGUGGAAAAAAAAAAGUUUGCUCUUUUUUUUUUUAAAAUAAGAAAAAAAAACAAGGACAUUGCAUUGAAGAACAAAGUCUUUUGUUUUUUAAAUGUACAGAUAUUUUGCUACAAAGUUGAACCCCUUAUUUUUUACAUUGCCCAUCCAUUGUGAUACUGUAUAUAUUGUUGAAACAAGCCAACACUCCCUCCAAUAUCAUUUUAAUGUUAUGAUGUCACGUUGUAUCAGUAUUAUUUAGUUCAGUGGUGAAGAACGUGGACCAGGUCACUCUGUGCUGAUUAUCUCUCACUUAUCACAAUUAUUCCAGUAUGGUAAUUGUCUGUGGUUGCACGGUACACUGAAAGCUUGGACAGACACUAGUGGCACAUAUAACUUUUUUAUACAUUGUUCUUUAAAAACAAACUGGAAUGGUUGUCUGCAAAUAAAGCAGUGACGCCAGAACUGGAAGAUA